ACCGCUUCGGUUGCAGGAACGCUCGAGACCGAUCGUAGGUGGCCACUCCUGAGUCGGUCCUGGCCCGGGGCGCCCGCAGGUGACCGCAUCGGACCACGUGUGGCAACUUGUUGCUCGUAACCGGCCCGGUCCUGGACGAAACUACAAAGGAUAUUUUUGCGACGUUGUGCCCGCGAAUCCUUGUGUGAUGUGUAACGUUAAUUAGCCGGCUGCCUUCCGAGUUGAUUACGUCGUGUGUUCGUGCUUGGUGGGGUUGUGUUGUUAUCGACAGGAUAAAUACAAUUAGAGGUGAUCAAAGUGAGGUGCAGAUAGCGAUAUGCUACCGCCUGCAUGGUACGUGACCUUUGUGCGCGUUGUUCUUCUUCACAAACAUGCCGGAAGGAUUUCCUCGGACGUUUUCUGACAUACAGUAUAUGGGAUCGUUUUCUGUAGCAGCGUCAGAACAAAUUUCCAGGAGCGAAUUUGUCCGUGAUCGGCUGCAACAGAUGCUGGGAAACUCAAGAAAAAAGUACGUCCUCUUGGUAAUUUCGUUGGCGGGAAUAAAAGUAUGCAGUCCAGACGGCAAGAUUGUCCACAUGGCCCACGCGCUAAGGCGCAUUUCAUACGCGACCUGUGAUCCAGAACACCGCCUUUUCAGCUUCUUCGCUCGAGAGCCCAAAGGCCACUUCAAUCAACAAUACUGCCACUCUUUCAUCAGCCGGUCGUCCGAACAGGCUGAAGAACUUAACUCAAUUGUAGGAAAUGCAUUUCGGAUGGCUUACGCGGCGCAGCUGCAGAAACAACCCACUUUCCAAGACGUAAUUGCAUCCCAAUUGGAUCAAACUCAAACGAAUAAAGUACUCUGGACGAAAGAAUUAUCGGUCACGUUAAAGAAAGACAAAUCGGCGCAGCCCCCCAACAACCACCAGCCCGCCGACAUGGACGUGGAGCUGACGAACAGCGACGCGUCGACGUUGCGGCUCGCGCCGCCCACCACCAUCCCGGGCCUCAAGCCGUCCCACAAGUACAACGUGCUGGGGCCCUCGGAGAAGCCGCAGUCCCAGCAGAGCACACCCAGCAGCGACGAGAGCAACUCGCCCACCGAGAUGAACUCGUACAAGCGGAUGACGGAGAAGCCGCCCCUGAUCAAGCGGAUCGCCAUGGGCUUGACGGGCAACCACCACGACAACGACGACGACAGCUGCCCUCUGGUCAGCGACAGCAACAGCACUCCGGGGAGUCCCACGAACCGCCCGCUCUCGGGAGGGUACGUCAACGAGUCGAACGACGCCGAUAGCCGCAACUUGAACAAAACGAACGCGAUGGACAGUUUGAAGAACGAGAUCGUGGAGAAUAUCAAUUCCAACUUAACGAAGCAUAUAGAGAUAGAUAACAGCCGGCUGCUGCAGAAUUCACCGGCCUCUGCCGAGCAGGAGUUCAAAUCGAAGAGGAUAUCGCAGAUCAGCUCGAGCAGUUCUAGUUCGUGUCCGCAGACCGGGUUAACACCAACGCCCCCUCCCCUACCCGAGCGAACCGAUUCUUUGAACAACAAAGAAGAAGGCGAGCUGAGGACGGCUCCGUGGUUUCAGGCGGGAAUUCCCCGUGAAAUUGCCUUGGAAAUACUGGCUCAAGAGCCGGUGGGAGCUUUCAUGGUGCGAGAAAGCACCAGUAAGCCGGGAUGUUUCGCGCUUUCGCUCAGAGUACCGAGGAGCUUCCAGCCCACGGGCAUCGCACAUUACCUCAUUGUCAGGACGAAUAAAGGCUACAAAAUCAAGGGCUUUACAAAAGAGUUUACCACGCUAACUUCUCUGAUAACCCAUCAUUCUGUGAUGCCCGAGCUGCUGCCGUGUCCUCUGUCCCUCAGCCGGUACAACCCCAGUUUCGUGAAGUCGGACUCGAAGAGAGAUUUCGCAGAUAUCGAUUUGGACCCAGACUAUAACACCUUAGCCGAUUUCCGAAAAAUGAUGGCCGAUUUGAACGUUUAAACCAAAAGUGUCAUAGUGACAGUGAACUAGUCUUAAAAAUGUGAAUAAAGUAAGACGCAGUUUUGUGUACCUUGUGAUACCUUGAAGAAAAAGGAAGUAACAAUUAACAAAGUGUUUCCACGAUUUAUUGCUGUAGUGUACUUAACUAUCAAAUUAACUGACUUGUUUUUUCCCUUCUUUCUCUGUCUCAAGCGAAAUUUAUGGUUUAUUUUCGAUUAUAUAAUCUAUGUUGUUUGCAGACAAAAGUUGCUUACUGCUGGUAGUGGAGAUUUACUUUGCUUAAGAAUUUUGUCAGUGAUUUGUUGGACCAAUGAGAUAACCUUUUAAAUGAAUGUUUGUAAAAUUAAUUUAAGUGACCUAGUCGUAUAUGCGCAGUGAAUUUUUGUAAAUAUAUACAAAAAUAAAUGUUGAAAUUCUGAGAGCCACCAAGGAGCUAUUUUUUAAGAGCAACCAUUGUUUUUGUCAAUUGUUUGUACUUGUUGUUACACUUUGUAACUUGUUAUCCUAGUGUUUAAAACGAAGUGUUCAAAAAUUAACGCACGCACCCUAUAGCGAUAACUCAAAUUUAAAUUAUAUAACGUCUCAUUCAUUUAUGUACUAGUCACGAAGAUGGUUAAUUAUUCUAAUUCUUUUGUUAUCUGUGUGUAACAUAACUACCUGCUUUGUUUCAUCCAGUGUUUAUUAAGUAAAUGGCAUGUUAAUCCCUAAGCUUGCAAUACUAUUAAACUGACUGUACAGGUUCCAUUUGUAUAUUAUUUAUUUAUUUCUUGUAAUAAAUUCGAACUUAUUUAUA